AUGGAUAGAGAUGACAUCCUGAAGAUUCUUGCACUUGGGACAGAGAAUGAACGUCCUCAAACUACUACAUUGCGCCAACAAGCUCUCGCCCUCAUCUCCAGCACACCGUCCGGCGAAGACCAUGACCAUGUAGACGACCUCCCAGGCAGACUGCUCGACCUUCUCACGCAAAUCAUCAAGCCACUAUUCACCAGCACGAAACACCCGCAGUUGACAUCUACCGGCCGCAAGUCCCUUGUCCCAGGACCGCCGCCAUCGAUAGCAACGGCACGCUUCCUUGUCCCUUUAGACGACGAUGAACAAGAAGAAACUCAGAAACCCUGGAAGAGAACGCCCUUCACCGUCCCGCUGCUGAAAUAUGUGUUAAAAAGCUACCCACUUCUUCCAGCAUCGCGGCGGAAAUCAACCCUGGAAUCCCACUUCCAUCUCCUCGUCCCUCCCAUUCUCAACAUGAUCGACGACGCAUCGCCCCAGUACAAAUCCGAGGGCUGCCUCCUACUGCAUCUCCUCUGCACGACACUAAUCUCCGUGCAGGGCGACAUCUUACGCCGUACCGGAUUGGCGGAGGUGUUUGUUGAUGCUCUCAAGACAAAUUUCCUCCUGCUGCCCACUUUGACGCCCGAGGAGGACAGUUUGCUGGUGCUGACGGAACUGUAUCCUGCUUAUUUGGCGCUUUUGGAUGCGAGGUUCAUCAAGCUUCAAGUGGCCGUGGCGGAAGGUGUCGAUAUCGCCACGGGCAAGAAAGUUGAUGCCGGAGCGACGUGGUCGAUGGGGGAGGACUUCAUGGCGAAGGAGGCCCUGCUCACGAAACUUUACAGGCACGGCAUAAUAGCUUCAUUAUCCCACCUGUCCUCCUCUACAGACUCAUUUUCCAACACAAUUUCCGCCCAGAUAACGACUUUCCUGCUCGAGCAGAUCCCGCCUGUAUUUCAGCGCAUGGGAAUCCACGCAGCGAAGCACCUCCAGACACUUUUACCGAUGAUGAGGAUGGGGUUAAUGGAUCCGUUCGUCCUAGCGGCGCCGGAGAUGGCGCUUGCAAUGCUGGAUGUUCUAGACGUGGUUGUUGAGACGUGCAAACCGAGAGUCAAGGACAAGUGGUGGACGGAGAUCCUCAGGGGCUGCGUUGCGUGCUGGUGCAAUUGUUUGGACGAAGGGCAAGGCACGACCAGUGAGACGGUCGCGACGCCGUUACAAGAGCAGAUGAAGAGAGUCAAGGCGCUGGUGAAGACGUUGGGAGACGUCCUGGGAAAGGAGGAGUGGGAAGGUGUCAAACGGCAAUUGCUAGAAGAGGAGAGAGAUUUGAACGGGCUGUUUGAGGAUUAG